GAGGCGGACUGACAGCCGGAGGGAGAGUCGCGCUGCGUGGGGAGAAGCUCGUUCCUGCUGUGUUUUCGCAUUUCGGAUAGUGCUUUUUCAAACUUCGCGAGCUUUUUACACGCUCUGACCUUCCUCUUAACGGAGUGCGCGUGCGAAUCGUGUGUAAAGAAGCGCUUUUUGGGCUUUGUUUCGUGUUUAACGCCGACAGAUAUCGCAGCUGGGGCUUCGUUUGGACAGAAAUCUGUGACAUUUCCAGCGCUGAACACUUAAACAGGCUUUAUUAUGAGGCUCUCGUGAGGGGAGCGCGCUGCAAGUCCAAUUGUGCGCGAGCGGCGCGCGUGUGUGUUUCGGGGGAAUUUCCACGCGAGGCACGAAAACUUGAAAGCUCUUCAGUGGCUGACUGAGUGACCAUGCCACCGUCUCGCGCGCACUGCAGACUUCUCAAGAAAGACCCUUAAGGUGAAACGUGUGUUUCUUUCUUUUCUUUCUUUCCUUCUUUCUUUCUCGGGGAGGUAUAAAGGGGGGGAAGCCUCGCCUUGUUUUUCCCCAGGACGCCUGAUCGGAUUGCUAACAUAAAUCUCAGGACUCCCAGCUCUCACCUGCCUGUUCCACCCAAUCUGCACGGGGGUAGCAUGGCAAUGGUAGUAAACCAGUGGCAGGAGAACAUUUCGGCGGAUCCUGGGUCGCAGCUCCAGCUGUGCAGCCAGGAGCCCGGCGGCGGGACACCGGGGACGCCGUCUGGCUCCACCCCGGGCAACGACGCGCUCUCCGCGGACAAGAUCCCCAACGUGGACUGCAUGGUGUGCGGGGACAAAUCGAGCGGCAAGCACUACGGCCAGUUCACGUGCGAGGGCUGCAAGAGCUUCUUCAAGCGCUCAGUGCGGCGCAACCUCAGCUACACGUGCAGGGGCAACCGUGACUGUCCCAUCGACCAGCACCACCGCAACCAGUGUCAGUACUGCCGCCUGAAGAAGUGCCUGAAGGUCGGCAUGAGGCGAGAGGCCGUCCAGCGAGGCCGCAUGUCCAGCUCUCAGUCCAGUCCCGGCCAGUACCUGACCAAUGGCAACGACCCAUACAAUGGUCAGCCCUACCUGUCUGGCUUUAUCUCCCUGCUGCUGAGGGCUGAGCCGUAUCCCACGUCCCGUUACGGGGCCCAGUGCAUGCAGUCCAACAACCUAAUGGGCAUCGAAAACAUCUGUGAGCUGGCAGCCCGUCUGCUCUUUAGUGCCGUAGAGUGGGCCAAGAACAUCCCCUUCUUUCCUGACCUGCAACUCAUGGACCAGGUGGCGCUGUUGCGCAUGUCGUGGAGUGAGCUGUUCGUGCUGAAUGCGGCACAGUGCUCCAUGCCGUUGCACGUAGCUCCCCUGCUGGCUGCCGCUGGCUUGCACGCCUCACCCAUGUCUGCAGAGCGUGUGGUGGCCUUCAUGGACCAUAUCCGCGUCUUCCAGGAGCAAGUGGAGAAACUGAAGGCCUUGCAGGUGGACACAGCUGAGUACUCCUGCCUCAAGUCCAUCGUGCUCUUCACUUCAGAUGCCAUGGGUCUGUCAGAUGUGGCCCAUGUGGAGAGCAUCCAGGAGAAGUCACAGUGUGCCCUAGAGGAGUACGUACGGAACCAGUACCCCAACCAGCCCAAUCGGUUCGGCCGUUUGUUGCUGCGGCUACCCUCGCUGCGCAUUGUAUCCUCACCUGUCAUCGAGCAGCUCUUCUUUGUGCGUCUGGUGGGCAAGACCCCCAUCGAGACCCUUCUGAGGGACAUGCUGCUAUCCGGCUCCAGCUACAACUGGCCCUACAUGCCCGUCCAGAGGGACCGCCCCAUCUCCAUCCACUACAACGAGAACGGACCCUGAUCCUGCCUCCUUGGUGGGGUCACGGCCAAUAGUUAGACUCUGUCUGUUGGCCACGCCCCCUCCAGUACCCAAUCAGCCCCACUUGCUUUUCUGACGCUCCAGGCGUCCGUUCCGUGGUCAGGAAUGGAACUCGCUGUACUUAGGCCGGCCUUUCAGAGCCUUCGCCUACUUUCUGAAUUGCGAUGUUUACGAUCUCCGUGACUUGAGGACUCUCCUGCAGCACUGACUCAAAAGGGCUGAGUCCAUUCCUGAUUUUCAAACAAACCAGAAGCCAUUAAAGCCGAUGCCAAAAUGUGUUGCUUUUUUUUUGUUGUUGUUGUUUUUGACAUUUUAAGAAAAGCUAUUGUCUGUACUGGGGUGGGGGCUUGAAGACUGAAGCCAGGUUUAAAGAAACUCAAGACUGUGUCCGUAUGGGAGUGGAGAAAAUAGGGUGCAGGAACAACUGCAGCAGCUGAAUUUGCGAGAAGGUUUGAUAGAGGUUAACAGUAAACCCCGCCCCCCCCCCGGCGAAACAGAGGGGUCAGCGAGACUCUGAAUACGCUGAAGCCAUUGCCAAAGCAGAAACGGCAUAUGAACUGUGUGGAACCUUUUGCCUGUAUUGGCCACAAAAGUCUAUUUCGGUUUGUCUCGACGUUGACACUUGUGUUUUAAAUCUCUGAAGGAGUUCGAAGAUGUGAAAGAGGCACUUGAUAUUCGAAACCAGCCAGGCACCCCCCUCUCUCUCUAUGCUCUUUUCAGCUACCACCAAAAAUUCAGCACGGCUAGAUAGACACACUGUAGUUGCCAUGUAAGGUCUGUCUGUAGUGCUUACUGUAAGUUUCCGAUUUCUUGUUCCUUUUUAUCAAGGAAAACACUGAAACGUAUAUCAGAACCUCAGCGAAAUGUAUAGUCGGCUCUUGAGGCCAAGGUGCCUCUGCUGUAUGUAGCAAUAGAUAUAUCUCAAGUAUUUUGUUAUCCUUCUAGCAGUUCGUUUGACUAUGUCGAAAUCCAGUCGUCACGGUUUUUAACAUGGCACUACAGCUUUUCGAAGGCAACGUUUGGAUCUUUAAGCCAUAGGGGCCUUGGAAAGCAGGACCUGUUGUAUUAGUUCACAGAAUAUUUCUAUAAGAGUUUUUUUCCUGUAUUUUAGGUUUGAAAAAAAUGAAUCCAUGGAAUAAAAGCUGUUGUUCACAAAA